GAAACAGUUUUUGACAUUAACCUCUGAUUUGACCUAACCUUUCACUAAAACAUCCCCAUCGGUAAGUUAACCCAACGAUAAAAACAAAUUCGCCCCCAUGUUGACGACUAGGGGCAUAUUUAUAUCAACACUUCUUCUCGGUUUCAGCCGGAGAACCCUGUCGACGACCAUGUCAGGUGAACUGUGCCCUACAAACCGCAGCUCUUACCAACCGGGCACGCAUUCGGUCGCCUACGUGACAACCCCCAGCGAAGAGGUGGCUAAGAAGAUCGCCCACGGUCUGGUCAGCAGAAAGCUGGCCGCCUGCGUCAACAUCAUACCGAAAGUCACGUCCGUUUACGAAUGGGAAGGCAAGAUCAACGAGGAUUCGGAGGCGCUGAUGAUGAUCAAGACGCGCAGCUGCAGAAUCGAUGAGCUGACGCUGUUCGUCAAGGAAAAUCAUCCGUAUUCCGUUUGCGAGGUGAUCAGUUUGCCCAUCGAAAACGGGAACGAUCCCUAUUUGAAAUGGAUCGGGGAUACGGUUCCGAAUUGUUAAAUUCAAGUGUUUUGGCUGUAUGUGCCAAAAUGUUCUCUCUUCUUUAUGUGAUAUAUAUAUUAUAUGAUUUGCAUUAUUAUUGGCUCUUCAAUAAAAUGUUUAGCAGUUUA